CUCGUCUCCGCGCCAGUGCUGCCAGUCGACCGCCGGUUGGCCGAGCAGACGGUGAGACGGUGAGCAGUGCGCGGGGAGUGGGGGACCGCGAGCUGCCGGCCGACCGAGCGGACAACAACGAAUACGAAAACGAGUUGCUGCCUUCAUCUCCCUGCGCCCCGACCUCCCACUGCUAACAGAGAAUAUGGCGAUGACAAAAUUUGCUGUGAUUUUCCUCCUGGUGACGAUAUUAGUACCUUCCCACAGGACUGCCCAAAUCCCCAGCACUGCAACGACCACCGAGGUGGCGCAGGACGUGCGCAUCGACUGCAGCAGCCGCGACAUCACGGUGGCCAUCAAGACGAAGGGCGGCGCCUUCAGCGGCCUGGUGUACCCCAAGGGGCUGUCCAAGAACUCGAGCUGCCUGGCCGAGUACGUGCGCCAGCGCAGCCCGGUGCGCUACAAGCUGCCGCUGCGCUCCUGCAACACCAUGAGCACGGACCUGUCGGACGGAGGCGUGGAGUACUUCAACACCAUCGUGGUCCAGCCGCACCUGAAGCUGGUGACCAACCACGGCCGAGGCUUCCACAUCCGGUGCCGGUACGACGCCAAGGACAAGACUAUCUCCAACGACAUGAACAUCAGCAUGCCGAACGCCAUCCCGCUGCGGGCGAGCGCCCCGCGGCCCGGCUGCUCCAUGAAGAUCUACUCCGGCGACCCGGUGCUCAAGGCCGUGGCGGAGAACGUGAAGAUCGGCGACCCGCUGUCGCUGGUGGUGUCCCUGGCGCGGCAGGACCUGUACGGCCUGCGCGUCACCGACUGCGUGGUGCGCGACGGCCUGGGCUGGAGCGAGCAGCGGCUCGUCGACGGCGAAGGGUGUCCGGUGGACGGGGAGAUAAUGGGCCCGUUCAGCUACAACCCGGCCAAGACGACGGCUGAGGUCAGCUUCCAGGCGCACAAGUUCCCGUACACUCCCUCCGUGUACUACCAGUGCAACGUGCAGCUGUGCUUCAAGGCGGGCGGGGGCUGCCAGGACGUGCCCCCCGACUGCAGCGCCGGGAAGGCCCUCCCGCUGCACCGCCGCCGCCGCGAGGAGACCAGCACCCUGCCGGACGGCAGCAGCCCCGCCACCAUCGAGGUGUACAGCGGCCUUUACGUCAACGAGGCCACCGACCUCAGCAAGGCGGACAUCCUGGACGACGUGUCCAGGGAGAAGACACCGGACGACCCGAACAGCAUCUGCAUCUCGCAGAGGAACUUCGCGAUAGGCAUCGCCAUAGCGGGGCUGGUGCUCAUGCUCGCCGUCGUGGCGGCCAUCUUGGUACUGCUCGCGAGGAGGCGCAAGAAGGGGGCGUCGACCACGGGCAGCUCCAUAUACAGCGGGCCCUACACGAACACCGCGUACAGCCACAGCAGCUAGGGCGGGGAGGGCGACCGCCCCUCCCCUCAGCCGCGACCCGCAUUCUCUGUGCCAAUUGUAACUGUGCGCGCCUGGGCGCAUCCAACAGUGCUCGUUACACUCCAUUCAUAUCUCUCAAGCCAUGUUCCUCGUAGAAUAACACUGUCACACCUCGGAAUAAAUACCAGCUUGAGACUGAAUAUUUCAAGAUUCAUCGCAGUUCUCAUUUCGCAAAAUUGAGUAAAUACAUCAAAUGAUUUUACGAUUGGAGAAAAGAGCAAAUCUUUGAUAUGCUUUAAGAGUUCAAAAUAUUAAUUCAGAAACGUGAAUGAAGUUAAUGAGGAUUGUUAAAUGCCAUGCAACGUCAAAUGUAUGUGAGGUCCAGAUUUGGUUUUUUCUCAAUUUUUUUUAUAGUAAGGACUUGUAGAAAAGAUAAAGAAGACUGAAUGCUAAAAGUUGCAUUGAAAACCAACAAAAAAAACUGGAUUUUGUGAGUAAUGUGUCUGCAUUAAGGCGUGAUUGUGAUCAUUACUUACGAUUCAGCAAAUGACUUGUGGUUACUAAUGAUUGUUUAAGAAGUGCUAUGACUAUUUUUUUUAUUUUCCAGAGCAGAUGUGUUUCUUAGUCAUUUGGUGCUGCUUAAAAAUAAUUUGGCAAGUUUGUAUAUUACAAACAGACAGUAUGUGUGUGUUUCAUGACCCUUCUGAAAUACUGAAUUUGAGUUAAGUACUGCUCUACUUAGACACACAGUUGACUCCUGAAAUUGGUGUUUUGAAACAUUAUAUAAACUAAAAAUAUCUAAAAAAAAAUUAAAUGACAAGGUAAAAUUUUACUAACCUAUCAGUUCUUAUAACUGUGUUAUUUAACAGUAUACUUGUGCUGCACUAAUGUUCUGUGAAACAUCGAGCACAUAUUCACAAGUGUAUGAUUUUAUUUCCAGAGAACCUUGUCUAACAUCUCUCGAAAACAAUCUUCUGACUGAAAUAUCAGAAAAUGAUUGUGCAAUUCACUCGUUAGUCACCAAAGGUCCUACGUUAAUGUGAAUUACUUACAGUGAAUUAAUUAAAUUAAGGUUUUAUAUUAUCUAGAACUGAAUUUCUAUGUCUAUUUAACAUGAUGCUUAAGAUUUGUCUAGAAUAGGCUAUAUCAUUACUCAGUUGCAAAAUUUUUAUAAGACAAGAAUCAUUGCUUUGGAGUUAUAGUAUAAUUUACCAGGAAAUAAAAUCGAAAUAUCUUAAGAUAAAUUAGCAAAACCAUUGUCAAAAUUUAAGUUCUAGGUUGGUUUAAAAUUUAGUUUGAAAGUGUUAAUUUUUCAAAUUUUCUGACGGAUAGGUUUCAUAAAAGUAAAUAGUCGAGGGCCCUGCAUAGUCUAGGACCGCCACUGGAUUUAGGUUUGUGUUUAGGAAAGCACCGUAACUCGAGAAACAGCUAGACCAUGAAACUCAAUCAGUGUUCUUUGUUCAAAGGAAAAUUGUAGACUGGCUUAAGCAUCAUAGCUGACCUGAGAUAUUAGGCAAGGUUCAACUAAUCCCAUGCGUAAAUUGUUGUGAUUGUUUUUGUAUUUUAGUGAUUACCGUAUAAAAAUAUGUUUCUGAUAAUUAUUAAUGAUUCAUUAAAAGCGAAACUGUAAUCAUAAGUGAAAAUGGCAUUGCAACAAUUCUAACUGUAAAAGCAGAACUGCAUACAUUUCAUACACUGCUACAUUAAGUCAUGAUGUUAGAGUAGCAUUUUAAGGUGCAAAGUAAUAAUUUAUAAUACCCAAAAUGUUGUCAUUUCUUUGACAGAGUAAUUAAACAUUGGAUUGCUAUAUGUAGUUUGUGAAGUAUGAAUGCUACAAGUUUUACUGAAAGUAAUACCUAUUUAUGUGCUCAUUUAACGUUAAGAAGGAAAUGUUUUUUGCCAGGAGAUUCUUCCAGGGUUGAGGGGAUACUUUAAUGCUCUUUUAAAGUUGGCAGUUUUAACAUGGGUUGACAUCUACUUUUCCCUCACGAAACUAAUGGAAAUUUAGAUGGUAGGACGGCACUGGAUCACAACUUCAUUGCCUGUACAGAAACUACGCGGUCGCUGCAAACGUUGCUGUCAAAUGUAAACCAAGAAGAAAUAUGUUACUUCUACAUUCCUCGACUGUAACCAGGGAUACGACUAGAUGUUUCCACCCGGGUCAAAAUCUCAUUCCCCCCACCCCCCCUUUUUUUUUCAAACCAACCGAAACGAAUCCUUUCCCGACAACACCUCAUAUCACCACCACAUACUAAUUUCGCUACUCCAAAUAUUUUUUUAUUAAACACAGAUGUUGAAAAAAUAGAUUAAUUUUUAGUCAUAUCAUUUUUAAUACAUUGCAAAAUAUUAGUUUUUAAAUAUUUGACUAUAUACAUGUGUGUAUCUUUCAAUUCAGUUCAUCUACCCUAGAAUUAUUUUUUUUAUUCUUUUUUUAAAAAAUACUACAAUAUUCAAGAAAAUAUCUAGUAUAAACUACUUUGCCAGUUAAUCCCCCUUCCCCCCCCCCCCCAAAAAAAAACUGUGGUGCCCAGGACACAAGCAUCCCAUCUGCCCCCUUCUAGUUACGUCCCUUACUGUAACUCUGUUAUGAAACUAUUUUUCUCAUGGUUGAUUUCACAGCAACUUAAUAAGUGAUUGUUUAAAUGAAGUACUGGUCCUUUGCCACUGAAAUGCAAGUUAUUCUUGUUUUUUUUUUUUUUUUUGUGUAAAUAUGUGCUGUUUUGUACUGACUGGUUUUUAAUGCUUAAUAUUUUGGCAUGUUUUCUUAAAAAAAAAUUUUUUAAUGUUAGAGUUAUAGAAAUUUUACAUUGAAGUACAUAUGUAGACCUUAAUAUUAUUCACACAACCAUUUUCAAAUGAUUUCCCAUGCUUCAGAAUAAAAUAUUUUCAAUCAUCUAUUAUAAAAGUUGUUUGGAUUUAAAUUUUUUUUUGUGAUGUUUGUUAACAAAAUAAAAGUAAUAAUUGUAUUUGACAAUUUAACAAAUGGAACAUUUAAAUUUUUGUACCUGUUCUCACAGACUUAAAAAUAAUUUCAAUGGAAUAUUUAAUAAAUGGAGAAUUUUACUAAUAUAUACUUAUUGUACACAAAUAAAAUCAGCUCUGAAAUAUUUUCAACCAGCAUAUUAAAAAAAAGAUAAAAAGGUGAAAAUACUGUGAGAAUACUUUUCAAAAUGUUGUGGGAUUGUAUCUUAAUGUUGGCUAUACAAGAGUUAUGUUAUUGUUCUUAAAGUAGGUACAUAUGUAACAUAUUUGAAACUAGAGUGAACAUCACAGAGUGGCUUAUCAUAUUGUAAUAAAAAUAAAGCUUUUUAAUUGUGACAAUACUCAAAAGUUCUAAAAAAAACCUGAAAAUAGCCAACGAAAAAAACUUUAUGUAUUGUAAUGUGUAGUGAUAGUUAGAUAUGUGAAUUUUUUAAUGAGCUAUUCUGUUAAAUGAAACUAAUUUUGACAAAAAUUAAUUAAAUAACUGGUGCUUAUUAUCAUG